GAGAGAGUUGGGAUCACCACCUCCCUGGCCUGGCCUGGGAACCGGCAUGAUAUAAUACUACCUGGGUGGUAUGUAGCGUAUCGCCUCACAUUCCUAGGUAAUCAUUCGUUUCACAUUCCCUCCCAUAUCCGUCACCUGCUACUUCCUGUGCUGUACUGCGUUGCGUUGCGUCCAUUGCAGGUCUCCCGCCUACAACUGAGUUCAUCGUCGGCCGUUCAUCAUACCUCACCUACCUAUUGUCAUUACACUCUCUCGCACUCACAUCGCAGCCUGCGGAAACGAGGGCAGCUCUCGUCAGGCAAAUCGUGCACUCCCCUUCCGCCCGUGGACUCACCGCUCUCCAAUCCAUCAUGGGCAACAAUCAAUCCACCGACGAGGCUCGUCCGCCUGGAGGAGGUGGUGGUGACGGCGGCGGCGGCGGCGGUGGUACUGGUGGUGGUGGUGGUAGUGGGAAUGGUGGGAAUAGUGGACCUUUCCAGCCGACGACGCUGGCUUCCUCGACUCCACAGCAAUCCCCCCCCGAUCGCAGUCGGGCCGUGGGAAUCGUACAACACAACAGCAACAGCAGCAGCGGCGGUAAUCACCACAAUCAUCCCAAUAGCAAUCCCACCUCCGCUCAACAACAUCUCCACCGUCUCAGCGGACAUUAUCAGCUCCGCCCGGGAUCCUCGUCGUCGCAAGGAGCAGAUGCAGCAACAGCAGCAGCAGCAGCAUCGCCAUCGCCCACCAUACCAGGCACGACCAAGUCCUCGCGCGAGACAGUUCCCACCCGCAAAGCCCCAACAGCAGCCGCCGCCUCAUCAGCGACUUCAACAACAGCAGCGGCCACCUCCGCCUCCGCUUCCUCCGCCGCUGGCCCAUACAAUUCUCCCUUCUCCACCUCGUCACCCGCACCACCACCACCACCACCACUGACGCCCCUCAACCCCGCGACCAGCAUCAUCAAUUCUACCACCACCACCGCCGCGCCCACUUGGACUUCGAUUGAACAUGCACACGCCCAUGUCACAUCGGCCAGUCCGAAUCGUCCUCGAAUUGCCCGGCCGCGUUCUAUCACCUUAGCGACUCCGAAGGUCACUGCAUUGGAGAGCACCACCGCCGCUGCGGGUUUGGGCAACGAUUUCCCCAAGCGGGCCAUAAAUAAAUCUCCAUACGUCGAUCCCGUCGCACCACCACCAUCCUCGUCGCUACCGGGCAGUGCGCCUGCGACGAGGUCUUCCACACCGGCGCAACCGGUCGACAUUCCGCAGCCUCAGACACAGAUACCUUCUUCGUCGAAGCUGGACGAAGAAAACCAACACACAAUGGAGCCCACCACACCGGGCUACUCAGAAUCGCCCUAUGGCUUACCCGCGCCUGAUUACAGUCGGCCGCCGCGGUUGCCGCUGCCUAUCGAAGAAGAGCUCUACACGCCUGGAUCGCCGAUCAUCACACCACAGGAUAUCAACGACGGGCUCGUCCACGGUGAUGCGACAGGGCACAUCCUGGUGAGCCGCGGCAGCGUUCUCAGCUCCAAUGCCGAUGAGGACGAGGAUGGCGACAACGACACCUUUGUCGCCGAGACCUCCCAGUCGUUACAACCGCGCAUCCCCACCCGAAUGGAGUGGAACGCGCCCGGCGAGAAGAUUUACGUGACGGGCACAUUUUGCGCCUGGGAUAAAAAGAUCAAAUUACACCCCAACCCGAACGGUCGCGGAUAUUCCGCGAUCCUCCCCUUGCCGCCAGGAACACAUCAUAUCAAAUUCUUGGUGGAUGGUGAAAUGGUCACGAACCCGGAUAUGCCGACCACCGUCGACUGGAGCAACUCCCUCGUGAAUUAUUAUGAAGUCGCUGCGCCCGAAGUAUCGGAACCUACCACCCCAGUGCCGGUGGCUCCAGCGGAACCCAUCCCCAUCCGAGGCGCAAACGCAAACAAAGUCGAAAGCACCACCACCCCCCCGGGCCUCAUCGUCCCCGGCUCCGUCCCGAAACGCCCACCACCCGCCCCCUCAACCUCCCUCUCCUCCCGCGCCGCCGCCCAGCAGCAACAGCAGCAACAGCAGCAGCAGCAGCAACAAGCCGCCGCCGUCGCCCAACAACCGCAAUUCCAACAACCGCCCUCCCAAUCCAAACGCGACCCCUCCCCGGAACCGCAAAAGCUCAAAACCGUCCCCCUGCCGCGCCACAGCUACACGACCACCAUCCCCUCCUACCUGAUCGACCUGGACCGCUACAACACGCCGCACGACGACCGCUUCCUCCGCGCCUCGCGCGUGCUGCCGACCCUCCCCCCGCCGCCGACCCUCCCCAUGUUCCUCGGGAAGUCCAUCCUCAACGCGGGCACCCCGCAGAAGGACGACGCCUCGGUCCUGGUCAUCCCCAACCACACCGUCAUCAACCACCUCGCGACCAGCAGCAUCAAGGGCGGCGUCCUGGCCAUCUCGGCGACGACGAGGUACAAGCGGAAGGUACGUUGACUCAUCUUUCAGUCUCUUUCUUUUUUUUGUUACCCCCCUCUUUGCUUCCUCUCCCUUUUUCUUCUUCUUCCUCUUUCCUGUUCCUGGCUGGCUCGUUAUUUCUUCCGUUGGGGGCUUUCAUCCGGCUGACGAGUUUUGCUGCAGUAUUUGACCACGAUGAUGUAUAAACCUAGCAGCAGCCAGGGAUGAGAGGGGGAUCACGACCCGACGAAUGAGAACAUCAGCGGAUGUCUUGCAUCGUCGAGGUGGAGAUGGGGU